UUGUCCUCCUCUUAUUACAUUCCAGGUACUUUCGAUUCCUUGUUUUUUUUGUUCAUUUCGUUCAGAGCGGAUCUCUCGGAUCAUUCACACGGCGUGUUUUGCACUUAAAAGAAAGGGGUCUUCUUUUUGUUUCUUUCUUCAGGUCUUCCAACUCCACUUUCGCGUUGACGACAUUGGAACUCGGAGCUUGCCUCCUUCGUUUGCUGCGCAACUCACCCAGGUCUCCCUCCUUUCGAAAUCGUCCCAGUUGAUCUCCAAUUUUCAUCUCCUCAUCGCCUGCACACGACAUUAUCACGACCACAAUAAUCAAUAACGCGUAAGAUGGGCAUCAAAUUUUAUGAUCACCUAGGCGCACCUCAGCCGUUCGAUACACACAGAGCCUACGUUACUUCGCCAUGGUUUUCUUCGAUGACUCUGGCUGCGAUUCGAGGGAUGAUCGCUCUCUAUACCCUUGCGACACUUUUGGUUAUUCUGAUUUGGCAAGCAACUAUUCUGCAUGAUGCAGAUGGGUAUUUCUCCUACUUCACCGAACUCACGCAUAUAGGCAUCUGCUCGUACUAUUGGGCUUCGUUUACUCAAACUCUCUUUUAUGCUCUCCGACAAAGGCACUCUAUCGAACGUACGCCAGAAUACCCACUGCAGAGAUGGCCGAGAAUUUUUCAGUUGCUUCAUGUCAUGCUGGGCACGACCAUCAUUUCUUACCCUAUCCUUGUCACCAUCGUCUUCUGGGCCCUCCUCGCAUCUCCAGCCGUCUUUUCAACCAAGUUCGGAACCUGGUCAAAUAUAUCCAUUCACGUUCUCAACACCGCGUGGUCUCUCUUCGAAAUGAUCGGAACGAACUCACCUCCCCCCCGGUGGUCUAUACUACCGUGCAUGAUCAUCAUAUUAGCGCUCUAUUUAGCAUUGGCAUAUGUUACCCAUGCGACUCAAGGAUUUUAUCCUUACUCAUUCCUCAACCCUUCGACGUCACAUUCGCUCCUCGCAGGCUAUAUCAUAGGCAUUGCCGUCGCGGCCUGCAUCGUCUUCACGCUCGGCAAAACGAUUAUGUGGGCACGAACUAGAUUCGCUUUCAAGAACGCUUCUGCAACUACCUUCGAAAUCAGGGAACUUCAAAAUCCAAGAAAUCAAUCACCAGCAUUGGAGAUGGCGGAGUCUUUGAAGAGCGAAAAGUUGGUUUAACCUGGUCGUUCGCAUUAUACUAUUACUGUAGUAAACACGAAGAACAGUCUGGUUGGCUUCCUUCUACGAACUUUUUCUUGUUCUUGCUGUUUUGCUAUAUUGUACGCUAAUUUCUCCCAAGACGAAUCAUUGGUUAUCCCCUGCAUCGUGAUAACAUAUACAUUGACAAUCUUCCGCUUCACGCCGACCUGAGAGAGCCAGGUGCUUCAUAAAUUGCAUGAUGGAUAUCUGGUCUCCGAAACUACUUCACAUCUACCGAGGCAAAGAUGACGGUACUUGGUAACAAUGAGCAGAAUUCGAAUCUCUUACCAUAUCUUCCAUUUCCAUGUCACAAUUACCCAGCAAUUCUUGCUUAAGUCAUUUCAUACCGUAACCC